CGCGCUUUUUACCCUCCCCCUCGAGAGGUAGGGCGUCUGUGCGCACGCAUCGGAGCCAAUAGCGACCAUGACGGCGCUUGAAUGGUUGGACGCGCCUCUGAAGCUGGUGUUCGGCGUCCUCGCCACUGUGACGGUGCUCGUCUGGGCCUUCCCUGUGGAAGCCCUGCUGGCUGGCGGCCGCGACGUGGCCACCAAGCUGUUUGCGAUUCUGCCGCCGGUGCUGUACAUCAUAUGGCAGCUGCGCGAGGCACUCAAGCAUAGGGCCAUCAACGAUGACAAGUUCAGGCAGCGGCGGCAGGCCAAGCCGCUCAGUAGAUGGAUGGCCGGAUUCUGCAAGAAACGGUACCAACUGCACGCACCACACGCAUCAUGCCCAUCGGCGCGGGCUUUGCAUGCACCGUAUGUGCGUCUGUGUGUGCGCAGGUAUCCUGUUCCGAUGAACGGCCGUGCCCUGACGCCGGCUGAGAUCUGCCUGUGGGCCUCAGCCAUCUUCAUCAACGCCCACCUGCUGCUGGUCCCACUGCUGAUUGUCUACGGCACCAAACUGGACAUCGGCAGGACGCCCCGGGACUUCUUUGCCCUUCUAUGUACCACCAUGGGUUUUGCGUGCAUGGUAGGUACACAGAUGCCCUUCUGCUUUGCCCUUCGUCAAUUUUGCUCUUCGUCGAUUUUGGCCUUGGUCAGGUUGAUUUUGGCCUGUUGAUGCUGCCCGCGUGCCGCGAUGGCUUCUUCCUGAGGCUGCUUGGAAUCCCGUACGAGAAAGGUGAGUGAGUCGGUGUCCGGGUAGCUCAGCUCUCGUGCAGGCAUUGGCACUCUUAAGAGGACUCUGACCCUUGUGCUGGUCUGUCUGUGGGGUAUCUAUCAGGCUUGCGUUUCCACAAGGCGCUGGGGUGGGUGGGCAUUUGGUUCGCUUCUCUACAUGGUGGGCAGGGCAGGGCAGCAGCCAGGCAGACAAACAAAGAGAGAAGACAGAUCGAAUCGCCAGUGGUUGGUCUGCGGCUGUGUCAGGGUUCGGCUACUGGGCCGUCUGGCUGUUUGGGUACUCACCGGGAGGCUGGAAGUUUAUGGAAGAACAGGUGAGUGAGCUGAGCUGGAGGAUGCACGCAAGACAGCAGACGAGGAAGCCGAUUGACGCUUGGGUGUCUAUGUGGCUGCAGUUCCCCAUCCACCGUCAUCACUUCCCGAUCCCCAGUCACAUCUACGGCCACCAUGGGCGCCCCAGCCCACACCCGGACGGCCCUCCACUGCCCGCCUGGAUCAACAUGCAAGGCGUCUACAACUUCUGUGGUCUUCUCUCACUCCUAUGCAUGCUCGGCAUCGGUAAGGAUGAAAGCAAAUCGGGAUAUAUGGCAUGGAUGGGCUGAGUCGUGGUCGGGUGAUUGAUUGGUGCGUGUUGUGUGUGUGCGUCUGUCUGUCUGUCUGUCUGUCAGCGUUCACGUCUCUGGAGGUUGUCCGUCGUCACCGGUGGGGUGUGUUCAAGAACACGCACUACCUCUUCCUGCCGGCACUCCUACUGGGCGUCUGCCACAUGCCGGUGGGUGGGUCGGUGGGCGCACAGACCCACACACAGCCACCACCCACACAAUGCACCUUCGGCCAUGCGUGAUGUGUGGUGUCGCGUCAGGUUCAAAUGUGGAUUUGGCUGCCGGGACUUGUCGUCUACGCCGCUGAGAGAACCGCAUCAUGGUAUGUAUGGUGCCAGCCUGCUUGUUCUUGUCUGUCUGUUGUGCUGCACCUCUUCACCAUCAAUGUGUGUAUGCAGGCUUCGAGGCCACACUGACAUCGUCAAGGUGCGCAUCUCAGCGCCUGUGGCGGCCGAUACCAAUGCCGCGUCAGGCACAGCCAAAGAUGGAUCCACAGGUACGGCACCACAAACUCGCCUCGGCACCACACCUGGCUGCGUGGCUGUCUGUCCCUCCCUCAGUGGUGCGUGUGGACGUGCCGGUCGGCCAGCUGAGUCCCCACACGUCAUCCGGGAGCCACUGGGUGUACAUCAACUUUCCUGAAAUGGGCGCCCUCGAGUGGCACCCCUUCAGCAUCGCCUCUUCCCCCGCCCAGGCCAGCGGCCAGGGCUACCUCACACUCUACAUCCGCGAGCUGGGCGACUGGUCGUCCAACCUGGGCAAGUACCUCGCAGAGAAGAAACAAAAGGCCAUCGAAGACGGAACCGAUGUGAGCAAAAUGCACGCCCCUAGUUGUGUCAGUACUGUGUUUGAUUGAUGGGCGGGGCGGAUCGCUGCGUCGAUCAGGUGUUGGUGCCUGCCCGUGUGGACGGUGUGUACGGCCUGAUCAGCGAGGAUUUGUGGAAGUACCCCUCCCUGGUGCUGGUGGCGGGCGGCCUCGGCGUGACUCCCAUGAUCAGCCGACUCACAGAGAUCGUCGCCCAGUGGAAGAAGGCCCAGCGGCCGACCAAGGGCGACGAGGAGAGCGUGACGCCGUCCGAGCACGACCAGCUGCCGAGCGAGCUGCAGUCGCUGCAGCGCAUCAGGUUCGUGUGGGCCGUGCGGCAGCUGACCGACGUAGAAGUCUUCCGGGUGAGAGCGGGGGAAAGAAACCACACCUUUGGGGGGAUGGUAUGGUCAUCUCUGUCUGUUAUGUACUCUGUGUGUGUGUAGCGUGUGCUUGAGGAGGCCAUGGAGGUGCUGCCUUCAGGGCUGUUUGACCUCCAGAUCUACUGGACACGGCCCAAGGAAAACGCACCCCCACCCUCACACAUUCCCGAUGGUACGUACGCAGCAUCGCAACACCCACAUAUACAAUGCAUUGCACACACCACUCCCCCCGGUAUCUCUCUGUGUGUUCCAGACAAGACGGAGUCCAAGUUGGGCGAGACGCUCGCAUCUGAGAGUGCCAAGUGCUCUUCCUACAACCCCACAUCCAUCAAAGCCAUCGCGGCCAAUCAGCUCACCCGUGGUUUCUGCGCCACAUUGGUGGCGGUGCUGACUGCGGUGCUGGGCCUGAUAGCGGCAGUAGGGAGCGACAAGCUGGACCACUAUGUGUGUGCCGCCCGGUGGCGACUCAUGGAGGAGGGCAUGGGCCCGUGGCUCAACGACGUCGACAACAAGUGAGCCAGCAAUAGGCCACAGGAGGGAGGGGGCGUGAGCGAUGUCUCUCCCUCUGUCUCUCCAUGUGUCUGUCUUGUGUGUGUGUGUGUGUGUGUGUGCGUGUGCAGCUGCCGCUGGUAUCCCUAUGUGAUUCAGUUUGUGCUGGUUUUGGUGGCCGGUGUGGUGUCCACUCUCAUCACAUUCGGGCUGGCAUUCAUAUGGAACAUCCCAAAGGUAGGCCGGCCGGCAUGGCGUGCACCGCAGUCAGGUGCCCAUCCUCCCCUGUCCUGUCUGUCUGUCUGUGUCUCAGCGUCGUCGCGCUGGCAAUUGGGUCACACUGACCGAGACAGACCCAUCCCCCCCCUCGGUAGGAGCAGCAGCGGCACAGCAGCAGCAGCAGCAGCCUCAGGCCAGCAGCAACCUCAGCGACCGGUCGGCCCACGGUGCAGCGAGCAGCACACGGAGCGGCGCCACCCCCACUCCCACCCGCAUCGAGGACUGCAUCCACAAGGGCCGCCCGCCCCUCCCUGACAUACUCGCCGCAACGGUCACCGAGCAGAUGGCCCGCGACGUGCAAAACACCGGCUCGCUCAAGAAGGUGAGGACAGACACAAACACGGCGACAUAGCCAGCCAGCCAGGGAUUCAUGUGUGCGCACUAUCGGUAUGAUGUGUGUGUGCAGGUCAAGUGUCUGGUGUGCGGUCCGAUGUCGUUGGUGGAGGGCGUCAAGGACGCUUGUGCCGCCACAGAGACCUUCAGGCAGUUGAUCACCUACGAGAACGAAGAGUUCGAGCUGUGAUGACUUUUUGGUGUCUCACACGGCAGCGAGAACGCCACACCUACAGUGCAGCAUCACCUCACACACCACCGCACCCACCGGGUGUGUAUGUAUGGCAAUGUGCCAGUUUUGCAUUUUUGAGCCUGUCGGCCGCUGCAUAGCACGGGGGCGGUGCUGUGACAGCGAGUCGCUGUGUGCGUGUGUGUGCGCGUGUAUGUGUGUGUGUGUGACCGGCUAGACUGGUUUGUUUCCCUGUGUGGUAUUUGUUGUUGCGGUCGAUGGUGGGUCACCCUACCUACCUUAACGCUGCUGACGGUGCGGAGGGGGCGACGGACGGCUGGUGUUUUGUACGUGGUAUUCAUCGAACACUGUGUGCGUGUCAGUGUGCUGAGCGGCGCAUGCUGGGGCGAGUGCUGGCCAGCUGGUUCGUCCUCCUCCUCGUUAUCGGCAUUUGACCACUGCAUGGAGAACGAGGUGGUGGGCAGAUCCAGCAAACACCCCCAAAAUGCUAUGUGUGCUGGAGAGAGAGAGAGAGAUAUAGCCGCUCGGUCUAGUGCCUCCACUUGGUGGCUGACGGCUCACAGGGUGGGAGAAGUUGUGUUGGGGUAUGGCAAUACUACGUGCGCGUGUGUGUCCAUCCCAUGGCGGUGCGUGCGAAGCACCAGUGCCCGCCCUCUUGAUGUGUAUUCCGUCUUCCACACACGGACGGACGGUUUGCAGUGGCGGCGGGGCGGUGUGUGGUUCAUGGCUGUGUGUGGACAGUGACAAUUGAGUGAGGCCGAGGACAGCUGAGCUGAAAGCAUUG